CGAUUGAACCUCACGAAGUUCAUAUCGUGCACGCCAGCAGACAGAUUUGCUUACAAAUUCUACCGCGAUGUGUCUCUGCUAUCGCAAAAGCUACGCAAGGAAUCAACCAAUGCUUGAUAAAAAGCUGCGAUCAUGCGACAUCUAGCGGCACGACCACACAAUACGUGAGAAGUCGUGACUUGUAAGCCAUCGUGAAAACGGGCCUUUAAACAGGUUGGGCAAUCUCAAUUUUGUAAACAAUAUUUCUAUUCUGAUUUGGUGGCAGCAAUGUGCAAGUGGAAGCGUUAAGGCUGCAUUAAGGUUAAAACCAUGUUCGUUGGAUAUGUAGUGAAGUUUACUUAAUUUGAAUAGUGUUGUUGUGUGUGUUAUUUUAGUGCUAGAUUUUAGAAACUAUGGAAUGUCUUCUACCUUCAGAAAUAGCUCGACUCGUUUUUGGCUACUUAGAAGAACAAAAAUGCGACGAAGCAGCACAGUAUUUCCUGGAGCACAGCACAUUUUUAUCAGAAUGUUUAAACGUUGCAAGAGCAGGAAGAAAAUUCAGCUCUCGAGUUCAAGGGAGCAGUCUACUAGACAUUUUAGACGAGUAUUGUGCAGUGCAGAGUUUAGUUGCUGAAAGAAUUCGGAAAUUGCCAGAAAGUUCUUCAGAGCAGGUGCAGAGCUGUGGAGGAUUAGUAGAAAAACUCAAAAUCUUAUUGGAUAAUGCUAAGUCUGGACAAACUGUAGCAGUGAGCAUUAGUGUUCUCCCACAUGGUGGAGCAUCCCAGGGAAAUGUCACACAGGGAACCAUUCACAACCGAUCAAGAGCAGCACAAAGUGCGCAUGAACGUAAACGUUCCAUACGAUUUCAAGGUCAAGAAAUUAAGCAAAAAGUGAAGGAGAGGGAAGAACGGAAUGUGUCUCUAGAAUGUUCAGUUGAAACUACACGUCUGGAAACUUUACCAGGUUUGUCUGGACAAGGCAGCAGCAGAAGUGCUGAGACUAUAAGUGAUAGAGCACUACAUCCCCUGUCUAGAACGGGUGAAUCUACAUUUCAUAUUAGUGAAAAUGUUUCUUUAAGAACAAAUAAUGAAGAGAUUUCUUAUUCAAGUUUUGCUAGUGAACAGUGCAGUAGUGAGAAAGGACGAAGUCAUUCAUUUUCUAGUACAAGCACAAUACCGGAUAAAGAUGCAGGCCAAGAUGUUAAUGUUAAUAUAUGUGAAGUUGGAACAAGUACAAACACCUGCUCUAAAAGAAAAACUCAUAAUAAGAAGAAAUGUACACCUACCAAAUCUUCUCCUCUUAGAGUUCGAAAAUCUUUACGAGGAGAUGAGGAGGAGGAGGACGAUGAAGAAGAGGAGGAAAGUGUUGCUGCAACACUACAUCGUGCAUUGCUUAACAACACAGAAUUGCAUGAGAAGAUUGCUGAAAAUAUAAACAGUGUCAUUCGAAUUACAAAUGAUUUAGGAAGUAAUGAAAUAUCAUGUGGACCAAUAGGUUCUGAAGACUGUGAAGGAGUCAUUCAAGAGUUGAAUAAUGCCAUAAAAAUGGUUGUUGAUAAAACACAGGAAGAUCCUGUUUUUGAAAGACUGCUGGAAGAAAUAAUUGGUCCAACCGAUGAAGAUAUGAGUUCGAGCCCAACAGGUGUAGAAAGUGAAACAGAUGAUGCUUGUGAUGCUCCUGAUGCAGUUAUUUGUGAUGAAGAUUGCAUUAUUUCAAACGGUGAAAGAAAUAGUGGUGGAAAUAGUGCGGUAGUAACAACACUUUCUGAACCCAGUAUAACUAUUGUUAGUGAAGAAAACCAAAAAAGUGUGGUGAACUCGUUAGUAAAAACCUCUAGUGUAGUGUCAUCUGUAAAUGUGGUUGAGAAUGUAGUGUCUGACGAAGAAAAAUGUGAGAAUCAUGAAGUACCAGAAACCCUGAAUAAUGUAGAUGAAAACAUUCAGGCAAACUCAGAAUUGCAGACAAUUAAUAACAAAUCAUUGAGAGUUAAUGUUGAAAAUUUACCCAAGAAACCAUGUAAGCAAGCCAAUCAGACAAAAGGAAAAUCAUCUGCAAAUUCGAAUGUUACAUUUCAAGAUAAUGAAGGUUCCGCAGUAUUACCAAUCCCUAAAGAAGUGAGAGCUCUUUUAAAAAAUGUAUCUUCAGAUACAGUAGACACUCCAAAAAGUGACAUACCCCUGAAGCAGAGGCUACGCAGUGCAAGGAAAAGUGAUCACAGUUUACAAGGCACAACAAAAGAGACUUCUUCGGUGGACCGUUCACUUGAAGAUCAAAAUGCCAAAGCCAUUCAGUUAAUUCUUGAAGCUAACAAAAAGUCUUCACAGUUGUUGGAGACAGAAAAUAUUAGUAAUUCAAACACUGAAUUGUCUUCAAAGGAAGGAAACAAAAACAAUUUAUCAACAUCUCCAAAGAAAAUUUCAGAUGUUCUGGAGAAAUCAAAUAACAAUAAUGAGAAAGAUGUCAUUUCAUCAGAUAAAAGCACCGGGAAAGAAUCUCAAGAUGCAGUUUCUGCAACAGGAGUAGUUGGAAGUAAAACUAGUGUUGACAUAAAUCCUGCAGAGGAAUUGAAUACUGCUCUGGGUUUUGAUGAUUUUGCUGACAAGCCCAUAAAUAAUUCUGUUUUGGUUGAAGAAAGAUGUAACAUUACUCAGCAAACUAAUGUUGAGAAAGAACAAAUAAUGAUGCUAACUAUACCCAAUGUAAUGAAUCCUAAUACAUCCACCUCUUCUGUUAUAUCUCAGUCUCAAACAGAGCAGAUUACCACAAGAACUUCAGUUGAACCGCAGACUUAUCAUGAAACAAGUAAUUUGCAGAAGCAAGUAAUGUUUUCUCAGCAACAAUCUUCUGAACAUCUGCCUUCUCCAUUUUCAUUAUUAACUUUAAGAUUUGAUACAAAAGAAAAUCAACCAAAGAGAAUGCGGCCUAUUGCUCCUCGGCCGAUUCGACCCAAGCCUGCAACAUCAGCUUAUCCUUUGCAACUAAUUACUACAGAUCUUACCUCGCAGUAUUUUGUGACUCAAGUGUCUCCUACACCUUAUCUUGAAAGGAGGAAUAUUAUACCUCCAUUGUCUCCAGGAUUAUUAAAUGUACUAAAUUUGACUGUUCCUGUUAUAUCACAAACAAAUGAACCUGUUAAAAAGAUUUGUAUUUGUGCUUCUGACGAUUGUGGUAAAGAAUGUGUGGAAAUUGCAGAGAAUAAUAUUAAUUUGAUCUUGUCUUCGGCUGGGGCAAAUUCAGACGUUUAUGGCGACAGUGACAUUUCCAGUGUUUCUGAGCAUGUGCCUGAUAAUUCUGGAAAUGAUAGAACAGAUAAAGAGAGCGUUGUUGACACUGCACAUCAAAGCACAUCUGAUGUUUGUGAAAGUAAUAACGACAAUUAUGAUGGUCCUUCUACCUCAAAUGCAAAUCAAUCAAGUCAGCAAUUAACUACUACUUCAUCAAAAUCCAAGCAUAAUGAAGUUGAGAUACUAGAUAUGUCUUCGCUUUUAUUACUUCCAGAGCAAGUGCCUAAACCACGUGACACACCACAAGAAUUUAUUGCUGGGAAAUCUGGUGCAAACACUCGUCGUUUGAGCCUAAGCACUCCACGUCGUCGUACUAGCCACAUUCGAGCCUUAGAUUUUGGAACUCCACAGAAAUCUGGUACUGAGUCUCUUGCUCUCAAGAAGAGUCAGACAUCCCCAAAACCUUCUUCAAAAACUAAUAUAGAAGGAAAUGGUGCCAUUUCAAAAGUUGGUGUUUCCAUGUCACCAUACAAACCUUCAAAUAAUCAAGUGCGAAGUGUAAGAUCUAGUUUAUUUACAUCACCAGAUCCACCUGUUGAUAAGAAAGAAGAAAAGGAAGAAGGAAAAAAAUCAAGCAAAGAAAAUGCUAAUAAUUCACAUGUGGUACCAAUUGCAACUCGUAGUCCUGUAACGCAUUUAUUAGGCGAUUGGGAUAAGGCUACUGGUGUGGGGCUAAUUUUUAAUGGUGUUUCACCAGAAAAUUCAGCUACAAGAAAAGUAGACCAUCGCCCAUCUAGAAUUACUCCUAAAACAUUACUCUUUUCCCCAGAGUCAGAAAGCAACUCGGCUAGUGAUCAAAACCAAACUCCUCCAAGUCAAAAUAUGUCAGACACAAAUAAAAAUAGUGACAAUGAUUUUAAUCAUACAGAAAGCAAUGAACCCAUGAAGUCUUUGCCUGACAUUGGGACAAACAAUAAUGACUUGACUCUAUUAGGCCAAAAAGUAUCACCUAAUACUAUGCCGAUUAAACAGAAAUUGAAGUCCCGUUCAUGGGAUCAAGACUUGCGGAAGCUCUUGAGUAAAGAUUUUGUAGAUGUGUAUGUGCAAGAAAAUACUUUAGGAAGGAAAACUCAUGACAGUGUUCUUAAAAACAAGGCCACUGGUAAAAGCUGUAAGAGAAAUCAAACAACAAAGAAAUCAAAAAAGAGAAUUGUCAAAAAGACCAAUAAAAAAAAUGAUUUGGAUGAUGAAGUGUGUCAUGCACUCGGUGCUUUAGAAUCAGAAAAUAAGCAGUUAGGUAGAGCAGCUCCGGAAAAAGAAAUUGAUUCUACCAAAAAUCAAUGUAAUUCAUUUUCAGGACUAAAUUAUAACAAACAUGCUACUUUUCAAAUUGAGAAAGAUAAAAGUUCUAUUGUGGAAGAACACAAAAAUAACUGUUCAGAUGCACCUGCUAAUAUUAGUUCGACUAAUGUUUCCAGAAAGAGAAAGGCAGAUGAAAAACCAGACGAUUGUUUAUCCAAGAGGCAAAAACCAGCUAGUGAAGAAGAAAGUGGUGUAAGAAAAUCUUUAGAAGAAGUUUUGGAAAGUAUAUUUUGUGAAGACAAUGAAAAUAGAUCAGACAAAGGUGCAAGACCAAAGGGAAAAGAAACUGAUAAGUUUGAAAAUAAAACCAGAAAUGUUUGUGAUGUUUUAGUUCAUGUGAAUUCAACUCAAGAUAGUGUCACAGAGACAUCAGAAGCACCCUUGCAAACAGAAACCAGAGAUAAUUCAAACCAAAGUAUAUUCGAUUUAGAAAACAAUGGAGAAGAUGUACAAAGGGCACUCAAAAAAUCUGCAAAACCUGACAUUAGUGGUGAAGCUGCACAAAGGGCACUAAAAAAAUCUGGAGAACCUGACAUUAGUUGUGAAGUUGCAAAAGUCAGUUGUAAUGUAGUCAAAGAUAAUUUGGUUACAGAUUUCUCUCAGUUACCUGUAAAUAGAACAGUAGUCACAACUGAGUCUUCGCACUCCUUAGAAAAAUUGAGUAAAAUUAAUGAACAAAAUAAUUCUUUAAAUGCACCAAAGAAAGCUGUUACAAAUUUAGAGAAAAAUAUUCAUCUGGAAACACCAAUAAAAAAUGAUGUGAAAUAUUUGUCCAAAAAUUUCAACCCGACGACACCAGGUCCAGUUGAUGGUUUGUUUCCAAUGACACCCAGAGUGUUGAGUCCGUCUCAUCAAGAAGAAACACCUAUGACAAAAUUGCUUAGAAGUGAACCAUGUAUUAACUUUUCAAUGAUUGUUACACCUAGUUUACCUCCUACUCCAAAUAUUAUGAUUUCCCCUUGUUCUGAAAAUCAAGAUAGUCCAACAUCAUAUGCAUCAAGACCUACAGAUUAUUCCUCGUGUUCUUCAUAUUACAACCCUUCAAAAAGCAUAGAUACUCCUUCUAAGUUGGAACAAGAACUCAUAAAAGAAUGUAACAAGUUAGAACAAAGUAAAAAGAAAGCUCAAGAUAAAUUGGAUAAAGGCAAGGAAAAUUUGGAAAACAUUUCAAGAAACAUUGCUGUAGAUGUAAAAGCACCUCAGGAUAAGAAAGUAGAAAUGGAAAGUGCAGAUUUUCCUAAGGAAGUACAAUCUCAUUUGAAAGAUACUUCUACUUCUCAGGAAGAGCAUGAGUCCUUGAAUUCUAGCAGUUCCAGUUUUGUGACAGUAAGUGGUACAAAAGAGAUUGACACAAAUAAUUCUGAGAAAACAUCUGAUUUGUCAGGGCAAAAUGUAAAAGUUGGUCAAAAAGAUGUUGAAAAAAUUAUGAAGCAGGCUUCAUUGGGGAAUACCUCAAGUGCAAAAAAUCAAUUUACAACGAAUUUAGUUCAGAAGAAAACUGUAAAUGCUAAAAGCAAACUAGGUGAAAAAGUUGCUUCAAAAGGUCAGAUUGACCCAGAAGGUGACAAGAAGGUAAAAGAUAUAUCUGUAGAAACGGAAGAAGUUAUAUCCAAAGAGAAUAAGAUUGAGUGCGGAUUGAAAACAUCUGAAUCAAAAUAUAAGGAUGUGCCUAUGUUAUGUAUUAAUAACCAAUCACUGUGUCACACUAAGGAUGCAGAAGUAAGUGAUGAAAUAUCAGUGACACAAAAUCUUGAGAAAAUUCAAAUUCCUUUUCAGAAUGAACCAAUAAAAUCUAUUUUACAAAAAGCUUUAGAGAAAGGAAAGGGCACAUUGAUAAAGAAUAAAAGUACUUUGGAAGAUUCCAACAUUUCUCAAGAUGUUAAUUGUGAGAAGAGUCUUUGUGCUACUCCAGAAGAAAUAUCUAAACAUUGUGAAGCCAGCAUAUUGGAAGGUGAAGCAGAUUGUGACAAUACUGUUGAAGAAUUAAUCAAUGAAAAUCAUUCCCAUGACUCAAUCAAACAGAGUAAUCCAGGAAAGGGAUCUUCCAACACUGCUAACACCAGCAGUAGGAAAGCUAAGAAUAAUAUCCAGAAAAACACAUAUACACAUGCAAGUGCAAUUAAAGAAAUCCGAACAAAACAUUCAACAGAAAUGGUUAGUAAAAUUAAAGAACAGUUUCCUGAGAAUGAAAUUAAGAAAACAGGAAAGAAGAGCACACAAACACUAAAGCUCUCCCCUUAUUCAGCUACGAAUGCCAGUGAUUCUUCAUGUCCAUCAAAUGAAAAUAAAGUUAAUAAUGUUACAGAAAAUGCUGGUAGUGAAAAUGUUACCGCAUCAAAAGUUCAAAAAAUUAAGAAUGUUUCAAAUGUUCGAAUAAACAAUAAAAAUAAUACUGAGAAAAUUAAAAACAGACAUUCAAAUCUGCAAGGUACCAUCAGUGUCCCAGUUAAGAAAACUGGGAGGGAAAAAAUAGAAAAUGUGAAUCCAGAGGAAAAUAAAGCAGUAUCUUCUCAGAAUGUUACCAGAAAAAACAUAGGCAACAACUCUUCCCAAAUAAAUAAAAAUGGAAAUAAAAAUAAUUCAAAGCAGGCUAAAGCAACUAACAUAACUCCAAUUAAGUCACAAGUUGAAAGACAAAAGGAAAUGAAAAAGACUCCAAAAGUUACAGAAGUGGUACGUUACUUUAUUUCUAAAACGCCUUCAAAAUCUCAAAGAUCUCAAGCUCUUAAAUCAAAAAACUUUAUUAAGAAAAGAAUUGAACAUAAGGAAAGUGACAUCAAAAAGAUGACGAAGUCUGAAGAUAUUCUGUCUGAGAAGAGUGGGAAUGCAGUCAAUGAAGAAUCAACAAUUGAAUUGAGAAAUGAAACUGAUGAAUGUGAGAAAAGGAAAGAUGAGAAGAGUAGUAAGGAAGAGAAUGAAUUUGUGAGGAGUGAUAGGAAUUCAGAAAAGAAUGAGAAAGAUAUUGAAAUUACUGAUCGAAAGAAUGAAAAUAAAAAUGUUGCUAGUACAAAUGGAACUGAAACCGUUCAUCAAGGAAAUGAAAAUAUAGAUACGAUAAGUGAUGAUGUGCCAUCUGAAAAAGAUAAUGAACAGGAUAGGGAAAAUGAAGAAAAAAGAGCAGGUGAGGAAAGAAGAGAACUGCAAAUUGAAAACGAUGAGUCUGUCAUUGAUAUUCAUGAAGUCGGAGGUCUCCAUCAAGAAGAAACCAUGGUUUCUCACAAAUGUGAAGGUGUGAACAUGAAUACUGAGAGUAACUCUGUGUGCCUUUCAUCAAGUACAAAAACAGUGCUUGGAAACAGUGAAGACAUUGAAAAGGAACAAAUGGAAAACAAAUGUUCAGAAAAAGAAAAUAUUGUAACUUCUGUUACUACUACUAUUACUACUACUAGUACUACUACUACUACUAGUACUACUACUACUACUACUAGUACUGCUACUACUACUACUAUUGCUACUACUACUAAUAAUACUUUGAAUACAAAGAGUUAUUUGCACAAAGUUAAUUGCACUUCAGCUUCAGAAUGCGCAACCUCCAUUGAAAUAUCUCAAAAUGAUUCUACUGAAGUUUUGAAAAUAUCUGAAAUAGAACAGUUGCAUGUUAAACCUAGUGCAAUUCUUGAUAAUGAAUCAUCAAAACAAAUAGAUUAUUCUGCUUCUGUAGAGGAAGUUGAUUAUGAAAGACGAGAAGAAAAUGAAACAUCAUCGAGUGAGUCUGACUCAGAUGAAUCCUCUGAGGAUUCCAGUAGUGACUCGUCAGAUGAAUCAUCCAAUGAUUCCUCCCAGUCACAAAACUCUUCCGUAGAAGGAAGUGAUAAAGAAGCAGAGCUUCUGGAAGGCAAUAGCACCUCUGUGAGAGAUGUGACUGGUGAUGAUAAUUCGUCUUCAGAAAAACAGCUAACACAUGGAAAAUAUCAGCAACCUGUAGAAGAGUCAUGUUCUGAAACAAUUAAUGAAAUAAUAAAAACUGCAUCAUCUGUUUCAUAUGUUUGUCAAGAUAUGUCUUUUGCUUCAGAAUUGUGUGAAAAGAAAAAACGAAUUCUUGCAAGAUUGAAGGGCUCUACAGAGACAGAUCAAACAUUCAAAAAUACAAAUAAUGCUGCAAACAAAAAUGAAGAAAUUGGUGAAGUUUCUGUUUGUGAACAGCCAGUUAAUUGUAUACCAAACCAGGCCUCAAAAGAAAGAAGGUUUGAAGAAAGGAAUUGGGAGGAAAGCAGCAUUGAAGAAUUUCCUGUACUCCAUUUAAGUGACAGUGAAUCAACUGGAAAUGCUACUCCUCAUCCUUCUCCAAUAAAAAGCUCAUUAACAGAAGAUAAAGUUGAAAAACAAAAACACAAUACUAUGAAAUGGAAUGCAGUAUUUAGAAAAAGAAGUCCCAAAAGAAUCCAUUUUCCAGCCAAAUAUGCCAUAGCACAAGUUCUUAACAGGAGUUCUACGGACAAUUUUGAGAAUUGUGGUAGUGAUGGAGAGCAAAAGGCUGACAGAGAUGAAGUUCCUGAAAGUGAAUUACAUCAAAACAAAAAUGAAGUUCCAGUAAUUGAAGGCUGUUCAAAUUUUAAUCCUUUUGUAUCAGAAAAUGCAGAUUGUAGAGAUUUCAAUUUAGAAAGUUCUGUAAGUGCAGGGAAUUCUAUCGUUGAAAGUGUUAUGAGGAUGAAUGAAAAUGAAUUAUUUCUAAAAAUACUUUAUACUGGAAACUUCUGUCCUAAACCUCAGGCUAUUAAUCAUACAAAUUUAUGUUACUCGCUUAAUGAAGAUGAUAAUGAAAUAACAAUUAUAGGGUCCCAGUUUCAAAGCCUAAUGGAAAUACCUUCUAAGGAAAUGUGUGACAAGCCAAAUUGUACAAAGCAUGUCAAAGAACAAGAUAUUGAAAACAUAAGUUCUACAACAAAAGCCAAUUCUAGUGUUGAAGGAAAACUUGAUGAUCAUGAAUUUGGUGAUUCUAAUUCUGAUUAUACCAUUUUGAUUGAAGGAAAAGAUAAACAGAGUACUAAACGAACUAAGUUGCGACCUUUGGAUGCUUUGUAUGAAGAAAUGAUAAGAUGUAAUGAUUCAUCUAGUACGUCAGAUGUCAGUACUGAUGUGCCCAUGGAAAAAUCUUUACCAAAAAGCAAAGAGGUUUCAAGUGUGAAGUGUACGAAGAAAAAGACUACUGGCAGUGAGAAAUCACACCAGGGUUCACUAAAAGUGUCUGGAAGUGGUCAAAGGUUACUCCAAGAAAACAUGAAAUAUCAAAGCCCUCUAGAGAUGAUUUCUGAGUAUAAAUAUCAAAAAGAAGAGCGAAGUUCAAAUUAUAGCUUUAGAUCAGAUUCUAAAAUCAAAGAUCAAAGUAAAAGCAAGAAAGAAGCAAAUCAAUCGGAAAUAAAGGAUAAGGGAGAGCUAGAAGAUGGAGAAAUUCUUGAUAGUCCACUUAAGGAAAGCACUUCAUCUGGGAGUAAAGCAAGGAGAGGAGAUUCAGAGAGAUACAUGUAUCGAUCCGGUUAUCGUCGGAGUGAGUCUUCAGAUGGUUCACAUCAUUCACAUUCAAGUCAUCGAUCUAAACCAAGAUCUACAGAGUCUGCAAAAAGAGAAACAUAUAGUCAUCAUCAUAAAAAUGAAAAGCAUCAAACCUCUACAGCAUCUAGUCACCAUGAUGAUGUUCGAUCUCUUCCUCCAAAGAAGAGAAAAGCUGUUUCUGAUGAAAUUUUCAAAGAGUCUGAAAAACGUAUUCGUCAUGAUAAUCCGUGCAAACUUCUGAAGAACUUGAAUAUUGAAUCGUUUUUGAAUAAAGUUCAUGGAGAAGAUCCUUUGUUGAUUUUCUAUAACAUGAUAUUUGUAAAAAUAGCAAAAAUUGAAGUUUGUAAUAUAAAUACAAUGUUAUCUCACAAAUUUUCUUCCUAUGUUAAUAAUUUACACUUGGCAAGUAUUGUAUUGUAUAGUGCUUUGAGACAAUUCAUUAUCAGAAUUCCUUUUGUGCAAAAUAUUAGAUUUUCUUGUUUCUAUUUAAAUAGUUUGGAUUUUGUUCAUUUCUCUUUAUGCCAAUGUACUUUGUCAAUCUUUGUAAUAUAUGUUCCUUUAGUGGAGUAUUUAUGCUCCUUUUCUUCAAAAGAUUUUAAUGAAAACAUCUGUGUAGAUGGAAAACUU